GGUUAUCUUAAAGCUGUACUUGCAUAGCUUUUUAUCUCUGCUUUGUGUUGAUAGGUUGCCAGGCUCUUGAAAGCCGUUUUGGCUGUAAGUCUGACCGAAGGGCCAGGAUCGUACUAAUGAAUAGCAUAAAGGUAAUUAGUCUGGCACAUUUAUGCAAGCAGCUGAAAACUAUCUGGGGGCAGCGAUUGGUGCCAGCAAGACCCUGCAGCAUGGUCACCUGCACUCAAAUAAACAAGAAUGCAGCAUUGCAUCCGCUUUGGCAGAGCGAGCUUUCCGUUUCUGGGGGCACUCGGCAGUCUCCAAUCAACAUCCAGUGGAGAGACAGUGUUUACGACCCUCACCUGAAGCCCCUGAAAAUCCACUAUGACCCAACCACAUGUCUCUAUAUCUGGAACAAUGGGUACUCGUUCCAGGUUGAAUUUGACGAUUCUGCAGACAAAUCAGUAAUUAUGGGAGGUCCCUUGGAAAACCAUUACAGGCUAAAGCAGUUCCACUUCCACUGGGGAGCCAUAAAUGAAUGGGGUUCAGAGCACAUGGUUGACAGCAAAGUCUACCCAGCAGAGCUGCAUUUAGUACACUGGAAUCCUGUCACUUCCACAAGCUUUGAAGAAGCUGUCAUGGAGAAUAAUGGUUUGGUUGUCAUAGGAGUAUUUUUGAAGCUGGGAGCUCAUCACGCAGGACUACAGAAGUUAGUAGAUGCGUUACCAGCAGUUAGACACAAGGAUGCAAUUGUUGAGUUUGAUGUCUUUGAUCCCUCCUGUUUGAUGCCAUCAUGCCCGGAUUAUUGGACCUAUGACGGAUCUUUGACCACUCCACCACUUACUGAAUCUGUCACCUGGAUUAUUAAGAAGACACCAAUAGAAGUUGAUCAAAAUCAGCUUGAGGAGUUUCGGAUGCUGCUCUUUACCUCAGCUGGGGAGGAAGAAAAGAGGAUGGUAGACAACUUCCGCCCGCUUCAGCCACUAAUGAAUCGGACCGUCCGUUCAUCCUUCCGAAACCACCACCUACUGAACAUUGAAACAAGACCCAGCGAACUUGCCCACCAACAUAGCCCAUAGGAUAGCCUAAAAAGAGACCUUACAUGUUACAAUAUCUAAAAGUUACUAACAGACACUUUAUUUUUUAAAAUUCUGUAUGUAGUGUGUGUGUACACUAUAGAAUUUCAUGGUCAGUCGUUUAAAGGGAUUUGGAGUUUACUGCUUGGCAUUUUACCUUCAGUGGGUCAUCUUUUCUGUAGAAGUACAUACUUAUUUUUUUACCAAACUUUUAAAGCAAGUAGCAAUAACUCAUAACAUGUAUCAGGGGUUAUUUUAAGAAUUUAAAGCAAAAUAAGGGAGUGAGGUUUCACCGCCCUAUCCCAUGUCAUAGUUUGUAUCUCAUGAAACGCUUUUGCUUAAAAACUUCUUUUCAAAGUAAUAACCCCAACAGAGCAACAGUAGCAGAUUGGGGGCACAAAAAGAAGUCUCUCAUAGAUAACAGAUCAUGUCCACUGUAGGAUUACUUUGGGGGAGGAGGAAAACAGCUUUCUAUAGGCAAAAAGAAAAUGGAUAUGCUUUGUAAAGAUUGAAAACAGUUUCUUGAGG